UGUUUGCUGGGGCGGGGGAGGCAGGGCGCCCUCAUCUUUUCCGGCAGCGUAUGUGCGUGACAAGGAAUUAGGAAAACGGCAUUAGAGGAGCCUUAACGGGGACCAGGAUGAGGCAGAGGGAUAAUCGGUAGUAGUGAACAGAGUGAUGGAAAGAAACUAGGGAGGAGACAGGGAAGAGCACAGCAGAAGAUGGACUGACUACAACCAGGUAGAGAGAGAAACCAGGGGUCAUGUAAUGAGAGAGAGAGGGCCGGAGGGAGGGAACGAAAGUCUGGGUGGAAGAAGGUAUGGUCUGGGUUGGUGGAGGAAACGGCACAGGUCAUGUCUAACGGGGACAGAAGAAGAAGGGAUGAGGACGGUGGGUGUGUGGGGGGCGGAAUUCACUGAUGGAGAUAGAUGCCUAGAGAUAUUGAGGGCGCACUGAGGCAGUUUCGUGACAGAGAACACAGCAACAUGGAGUGAAGAUCCUAAUUUUGCGAGGGAGGGGAGGAAAUGAGGAGCGUAGCUGGGAAGAUGGCUGAGUCCACGGGGCUUGAAGCCAGCCAGCCACCCUCCGAAACAAAGCAAAGUGGCAGAGGUGUGCGUUGGAGCCAUCCGUGCGGCGGUGGCCGAGCGAAAUACUGACUGAACAGCGCCAAAUCCAGAGCAAGGGGUGAAAAGGGCACCAGGCGAAUAGGGCAGGGGUCAGGCGAGGCAGAAUGGGAGUGCUGGGAAGGCCAGCCUGUGCUCAUAGGAUGGGCUGAUCCCACCUGAAGAUGCCCUGUAUCAUGGCCGAUUGGGGACUCCAUGGCCUUCUCUCACCACUCCUCCCUGACACCUCCUCUUGGCGCCCUCAGCCAGAGCCCACCAUAGCUGUGCUGGGUUUCCUGACCCUGCUCUUCAUCUGGUACUGCUACCGUGUGGGGAUUGGGCAGGCAGCCCACACGUCUCAUCAACAAGGGGUGCCUACAGAGGAGCGAUGCCCUCGCCGUGCCCUCGAGAGCGACACGGUAAAUCAGCACUUGUAUCGCAGCUUGCGAGAUUAUGCCAAGCGCUAUUCGUGGUCAGGCAUGAACCGGCUGCACAAAGGCAUCCGGGACCAGACCCAUUACCAGCUGGGUGAGCGCCUGGUGAUUCAGAAGCCCAGGACCUUCUACCUCCCUGACUUGCCUUCCGCCCCGUACUUUCCCCGUGAGUCCCAACGCCACGACGUGGAGAUCCUCGAACUCAGCUUCCCAGCCAUCUUGCGAGAAUUCGAGGGCAUUGCAUGGGACUUUGUACCUGGAGCACCAGUGCCCCGAGGAUGGACAGCCAACACCAACCCUGGCUGCCAUAGCUAUUACCUCUACCGGCAAGGGGAGUGCAUAGGGCAGAACUGUCGGAGCUGCCCAUGGACAUACCGGGCACUCAGUGCGCUACGCACCUUCAUCAGUGCCAACCGCUUUGGAAAUGCUUGCUUCAGUGUCUUGCAGCCUGGAACUGUGCUACCCGGGACCUAUGGGCCAACCAACACCAGGGUGCGAUGCCACUUAGGACUGAAGAUACCUCCUGGUUGCGAGUUGGUGGUGGGUGGUGAGCCUCAGUGCUGGUCUGAAGGAUACUGCCUCCUUGUAGAUGACUCCUUCCUGCAUACCACAGCUCACAAUGGUUCCUCCACUGAUGGCCCGCGGGUGAUUUUUAUUGUUGAUUUCUGGCAUCCCAACGUGGCAGGACCUGAGCGACAGGCACUAGACUAUAUCUUUGCCCCUGGUCGGUAGGUGCCUACCCAGGAUCAGCUCGUGUAGCCAAGAGGGGGGAAAAAACCAUAAUUACACCAUUAGUGUUUGCUGCUCUUCACAAUCAUCAAAGCCUCCUACAAAAUUGCCUUGGAAUGGAGAUGCUUAUUUUUACAAUUGUGCAGACUGAGCUGGGGGAAAUCCCACCUCCCAACCUUGGAGUGCUCUAUCGGAUCCAAAAACCUACACAGGGAUGUAAUCACAGAUGGGGUGGUAUCUUUUUCCUCAAGGGGAUGCUGUGACCUAAAACACUUCUCCUAUAGACCUUUGUGACAUGGCAUAUGUUGGUUCCUCUUCUUGGUGUUCUCUUGGUGGUAGACACAGAUCUGGGCAGGUCCUUGUGGCCUGUUUUUUUCUCUUGUAGUUCUGGGGUUGUUCAGAUGGAGACGCAGCUGUUUACAGUGCAGGGCCGGGUGGCCUUCAAAGUCUACUGAAGUUCAAAAAUCUUGAUUUUAGUAGUAUGGACAUCUCCAGGUGGUUUUUUUUUUUAAAGAGGUGGGGUGUGGUGGGGAAAGAGAAACAAGCAAUGGGUGAGCACUUUUCCCACCUGUCUGUGAUCAUUUCUUAAUUCCCACCCUGUGUCUGUUACUGCAAAAUUUGUGUGAUGGGAUUUCAUCCUACAAAUCCUUGCUAAUUAACCUGGACCCCAAUAAAAUCAUUA